UUCCUUUCUGCAUGAACACUGAAGAGAUCAUGGCAAGAUGCAGUGCUGUUUCAUGGGGACAGCUAUUCUAUGUAUUUGUUGUCCUGUGCAAAGAGACCCUAUCCUUGGAUCAUGUUCCUAUGCUGCUCUGGUCAACACGUAGCUCUCUCCAAGGCUUGGCAGUGACUUUACAUGAAGGACAUACUAUUUCGAGAGAUGAGUUACAUGUGUUGCUGAAUCAUACAGUUCUGUGUCCACAGUCCAGAAACAUUGUCUUGUUUCUUCAAGAUGCACUUAGUAUGGAAGACUUCACACGAUACACCGACUUCUCUGGGAAUGACUCACUACUUCACAAUGUUCAGGAACUUCUUAAGACUUCAUCGUCUUCAUUGGUUUUGCCAGCAGUUGACUGUCAUGCUGUCAGUCACUUUUCAGGCCACCUUCGGAAGACUCUGAACUGGAACUUGGUAAACGUAGACAGCCUUGACAUAUCACAGCUAAGAGUGAAUGUCUCCAAACCCAACUUAUUUGAGAUAAACCUACCACCGAUCAGAAGAAUAGACGAAUUUCCCAUUCAAAACCAGCUCAUGGAAAAUGAUGAAAUAAUUGGAAGGUUUAUCAGAUCUCUGCAGCAACAAGGAAUUCCAUUUUUAGCUAUUUAUACAGCAAGGCAACCAUCACAGGUACCUGUGAGACAUGAUGUAAUGUGGCAUAGUAGGCGACAACUAAUGUCUGUUGAAAGACAAGAAAUUGAUUCAUAUCCUCCCCUGAAUGUAACCAAUGGGACCGACAUCACGUGCAUCCUUUUUUAUGCCACUAAUUUCAGUCUUACAGUCAACUCCUCUGUUGACAUCAAUCUAACAAAUUUGACAUUUCUGUUUCAUGAUGUGAACACUACUUCAUCUGUUUGUUCAGACACCAAUGCAACGCUGUCAUUAAAAUACACCAACCUGGGGAAUGGGAAAAUCAAGACCCUGGAAAUAAGAUUCUUGAUGACCAACAAGUUCUAUACUGGCUCUGCACAAAACUGGUUCACUUUAGAUUUUGUUCAUAUUCUGCAAGAUGACAAGGAUCCUGCUAUAUUUAAUGUCUCUACUAUUGCUGGUCCUGCAGAGUAUUCAUUUCAUUGCCCCAUGGUGGGCACAAACAGCCGGUACCAUGUAAUGCUAAUUCCAGCCAAUGAUACAGCUAAAAACUGGGAAGUUAACAUUUCUGAUUUCCAAAUUCAAGCUUUCAAUAUUGAAAACAACUUGUUUUCCUAUGCGAGUGACUGUACAUCAUUUUUCACACCUGGAAUUUGGAUGGGUUUGGUCACCUCCCUAAUUUUAUUAUUGAUCCUUACCUAUGGAAUUCACAUGAUUAUCAAUAUCACCACAAACAGUAGAUUUGAUGACCCCAAAGGUCCAGCUCUUUCAGUCCCUCAAACAGAGUAACCACAAAAGUAUAGUUUGGAAGACUGCAACUUCCCUAUCAUUGGCUGUGCUACUUAGGGCUGAUGAGCUGAAUUGAGCUGGGUUGACCUCCAAAGUUUCUGCAGGUAUCAGAUGGCUUAUACUUGGUGUAGGAGGGAUCACAUGCAAAGAAUUAAAAAAUAUAAG